UCAGAAACAUAAAUUUGAGAUCCUUUCUUUUUGCAGGAGCGUUUAAUUUUUGUCAGAUGAUAAUAAAUCUAAUAAAUACAUUACGGGAAAAAGUUGUUUAAAGGAUAUUGGUGACGUUUGCAUGUACUUUUUCUGGAUUGGAAUAGUGAAACAAAAUGGCUAUAUUUUUGUUCAUUUGUAUUCUGUCUGUUACCAUCGCAGUUGUUAACGGUGAAGGGGAUAUAAUGUGUGACUGUCAAGAAGUUGGCAUGUUAAAGGAAAUAGUUCAAGAAGUUCUAGUAGAACAGAGAUUAGAGUCUGCUAGAAUUAGAAAAUUAGAGGCGAGACUGAGAGUUUAUGAGACAACUUGGCCAGCUCCUAGCGAUCGUCUGGAAAAAUUAGAGCAAAACGUGAAAAAUAUCAAUAUGAAAUUAAAUACAACAGUCACAGGCGUCAUUAAUAAACAAACAGGAAUUUAUCGGGAUAUCGGUGCAAUUGUGAAGAAGACGUUGAUUUCAGAGAAAAAUGAAAGGAACAAUUUUGUUUCAUACAUGAAUGAAAAAAUAAUGGAACAUAAGGACAUCAUUGAAAAUUUUAAAGAUGCAAUUAACAAUACUAUAGACAAACGCUUCCAAUAUAUUACUGCUAAGCAAGUUGAAUAUAAGGACACCAUAGAAUCGUUCCAAAUUGCAAUAAACAAUACUGUAGAUGAACAGUUCCAGUAUAUUACAGCUACGCAAGUCAAAUACAGGAAUGAAAUCAAAGAUUUUUUGGAUGACACAGAAAACGACACUGCUAGUUUUAUCAGUACCGUAUUUAGUAACAUCUCUACAUUUAAAAAGGAACUCAUGAAGGAGAUAAAUGAACGAUUAGAUAGCAUCACAGAAGUGAAUGAAACUGUUCAACAUUUUUCAUCAGAUUUAGGAAGAGUUAACAAAAGUGAAAGGGUGACCAGAGAUAUGGUAAAUGCACUUGGUAAAGUAGUGGAAGAAGGCCAAAUAGUUCGAUUGGUUGGAGGGUCAAAUCCAUAUGAAGGGAGACUGGAAAUAUGGCAUGAUUGGUCUUGGGGAACAGUAUGCGAUAAUUCGUUUACUACGCUGUCAGCAAGUGUUGUUUGUAGGAUGCUUGAUUAUCCACAGACUGAUGCUCGGGUAACCGGAUCUGCACAAUUUGGCACCGGAACAUUACCAAUACACUUAGACGAUGUUAAAUGUAUUGGAACUGAAAUAAGCCUACCUCAAUGUCCACAUGGAAGUUGCGGAGUAAAUAAUUGUGGUCUUGGUGAAGAUGUUGGGAUAUCAUGCACACCAGUUCGAUUGGUUGACGGGUCAAAUAAGUAUGAAGGGAGACUUGAAGUAUGGCAUGAUAACACUUGGGGGACAGUAUGCGAUGAUCGUUUUACUGAGCUGUCAGCAAAGGUGGUUUGCAAGAUGCUGAAUUAUCCACAGUAAGUAAACAUCAUAAUUAGCAUACAUAAUGUUGCGU